AUGGGCAACGUCCAUGCCAGCACCUUUCAGAGAUACAUGAACCAACGCGUCCAGACACAUGUUCAAGCCGCCUUGGCAUACCCUCGCAAAAUGCGUCGCUACAUUGACCCCCAAGCCCCAUCUCACUAUGAGGAUCUGUCUCUAGACAACCCUGAGAUAGUAAAACUCAAGCAAAUAUGCGAUGAUCUUGCUGCGGAAGCCAAAGAACUCUACGGAUCUAUGAACAACGCUGCUAGCACAAAGCUUGGAGAGCUUAAGAACAAGGCGGAUGCUCUAUUAAGGACCACCAAGGCAAACUGA